GUGCCUCUGCAAGCAGCCCGCCGCCCUCCAGCAGCCGCUGUCCAAGCAGGCCCCACGCCCCUCUCCCGCCUCCCGCAGCGUCCUCCUUCCCGUCCCGCCAAAUGCAGGCUGUCGCCCUCCCUGAGGAGAUCCGUUGGCUCCUGGAAGAUACUGAAGAUUUCCUGGCAGAAGGUUUGAGGGAUGAGAAUCUCAGUGCUGGUGCAAAGGAGUGCAGAGACCAUAUUCUACGGGGCUUUCAGCAAAUCAAAGCUAGGUACUGUUGGGAUAUUCAGCCCCAAGGUGGAGACCUUGGACAGGACAGCUCUGAUGAUAAUCACAGUGGGACUCAUGGCCUGUCUCUCACAUCAGAUGCACACUUUUCUUCAGAUUAUCAGGAUGAGGGAAUGGAAGAUGUCUUAAAAGGAGCUCAAGAACUUGACAACAUCAUCAAGCAAGGAUACUUAGAGAAGAAAAGCAAAGAUCAUAGUUUCUUCGGGUCAGAGUGGCAGAAGCGAUGGUGUGUUAUCAGCAGAGGCUUCUUCUACUACUAUGCUAAUGAGAAAAGCAAGCAACCCAAAGGGACGUUCCUCAUUAAAGGCUACAGUGUCCGGAUGGCCCCCCACCUACGAAGAGACUCCAAGAAAGAAGCCUGCUUUGAACUGACCUCCCAGGAUAGGCGCAGCUAUGAGUUUACAGCUACUAGUCCAGCUGAAGCCAGAGACUGGGUGGAUCAAAUAAGUUUCUUAUUAAAGGAUCUGAGCUCCUUAACCAUCCCAUAUGAAGAAGAGGAAGAGGAAGAGGAAGGAGAAGAGGAAGAGGAGACGUAUGAUGAUAUUGAUGGUUUCGACUCUCCAAAUUCUGGUUCCCAGAGCAGACCCAUCCUCUUGCCUGGGAGUGUGGGGAUAAAAGAUCCUGCAGAGGAGAAGGAAGAGGAUAUUUAUGAAGUCUUACCAGAAGAAGAGCAUGAUCUAGAAGAGGAUGAACGUGGCACUCGGCAAAAAGGAGUGGACUAUGCCAGUUAUUACCAGGGACUGUGGGAUUGCUAUGGUGAACAGCCAGACGAACUGUCCUUCCAACGGGGUGACCUCAUUCGCAUUCUGAGCAAGGAGUAUAACAUGUAUGGCUGGUGGGUAGGAGAACUGAACAGCCUUAUUGGAAUUGUCCCGAAGGAGUAUCUCACCACGGCCUUCGAAGUGGAAGAAAGAUGAAGCCCAGGAAACAUCCUUCUCUCUAUCCUGCCUUUUUGAAGAAACAGAUCAUCAAGUGCUCCCAACCCCCACUCUCACCAUGACUCCUCUCUCCACUGAAGAAACCCAAGUCUCUCCAUCACCUCGUAGUGACUGUAGACCACCAAUAAGACAAGUGGAAAGAGGCACGUUCGUCAGCCCGGUUACUAAGCCAGCCUGCUCACAGCUGGUGCCCCUCUCCAAACAUGCACACACACACACUUCUACCUUUGCCGUAGGAUUGCCACCAAGGCGAUAGAGACCGAUAGGGACCGAAACCCUGGGAGGAGGAAAUUCCUGGUUGUUUUGGCUGGCUUGAAAAGCACAAAUAAAUUUCAGAU